AUGUCUCAGAAAAUACUCGUCGUUCUCGGUGCUACCGGUAAACAAGGUGGAUCAGUAAUUAAAUCCAUUCUUGCUGAUCCCAAAGCCAAAUCCCUAUUCAAACUACGAGCUAUAACUCGUGAUACUACCAAAGAAUCCGCCAAAGCUCUCGAAUCUCAAGGAGUCGAGACUGUUAGUGCCGAUUUGGGGAAUAAGGAAUCUUUGAUCAAAGCCUUUCAAGGUGCAUACGCCGUUUUCUCAGUAACAGAUUAUUGGUCAACUAUGGAUACAAACGUUGAAUACAGUCAAGGAAAAGCGGCUGCAGAUGCUGCUAAAGAGACUGGAGUGCAACACUUUGUUUGGUCUUCCUUGUUGAACACUACAAAAUCCACGAACGGAAAACUCUCCAAUAUCGAACACUUCGAUACUAAAGCUGCCGUGGAAGAAUACAUUCGAUCAAUUGAUCUUCCUGCAUCAUUCUACCUUCCCGGAUUCUACAUGUCGAAUAUUCCAGGUCAAGCACUUCGAAAAGAUGAUUCAACAGGAAAAUACGUGUUUCAACUUCCCAUUCAAUCCGACGCCAAAAUACCUGUAAUCGAUAUCGAGAAUGACACAGGUAAAUUUGUCAAAUCGAUCCUCUUGAAUCGAGAUGCGACAAUUGGUAAACAUAUUUAUGGUGCUUCUGCUUAUUUGUCUCCUCAAGACAUCGUUGAUGGUUUCGUCAAAGCUUUCUCUAAGGAUGGUCAAGGAGCUUCGUUCAAAAUUCAAGAUGAUAAUGAAUAUAAAGGCGUUUUGGCCUAUUUCGGUAUGCCAGAGAAAGUUCAAGUUGAAUUACUCGAAAAUAUGCAUCUCUUGAAUCCGGAAUUCGGUUAUUACGCCGGAGCAGAUUUGACUGAAUCACACUCUAUCUUAACCGAUGAGUUGACUUCUUGGUCAGACUACGUCAAAGCUUCUCCCGCUUUCAAGGAUCUUCAGUGA